CGCCAUGCGACUUCUUCGUAGAUUUCAGCGUCCGUCGUAAUCUCGUUCGUUGCAGUUUAGAUUUUGUCAUAAUCGGUCAAGCCUCGAACAAUUGUGAAUCGAAACGAAUAUAAUCAAUUCCAUUGACAAUGCCAUCGGUACGCCGAAUGAUCCUCGGACACGUUAUGUCCGGUUUAUGUACCAAAAUGAAUCGUACGAAAAAACUCCAAGGAGAUUUACUCGAAACUCCAAUGAAAAGAUGUCUUUCCACCUUCGAUAUUACGCUGCUCGGCGUUGGUCAUAUGGUUGGCGCUGGAAUCUACGUUUUAACAGGAACAGUAGCUCGCGACACGGCCGGCCCAGGCGUAGUUUUAAGCUUUUUACUCGCCGGUAUAGCUUCCUUGUUAGCAGCGUUGUGCUACGCUGAAUUUGGGGCACGAAUUCCGAAAGCUGGUAGCGCUUACGUUUACACAUACAUUUCUGUCGGCGAAUUUUGGGCUUUCGUAAUCGGAUGGAACAUUAUAUUAGAGCACAUGAUCGGCGCGGCAUCCGUGGCAAGGGCUUGGAGCGGAUAUGUCGAUUCUUUAGCAGGCGGAUCGAUCAGCAAUUACAGCCGUCGAAUAAUGCACGGAUACACCAUGGCAGAACCGCUUGGAAGUGUUCCAGAUGUUUUAGCCGCUGUAUUAUGCCUGUUUUACGCGAUGCUGCUAACAUUGGGCGUUAAGAGUUCGGCAACGGUUAAUUCCUUGCUCACUAUCGUAAAUUUAGGGGUAAUGGGAUUGGUGAUCGGAUUAGGAUUCGCCUACGCAAAACUUUCCAAUUGGGGUUGCGAGCAUGGAGGGUUCUUACCCUAUGGAUUUACCGGCGUAUUAGCAGGUGCUGCAACGUGCUUCUACGCGUACGUCGGCUUCGAUUCUAUCGCUACUUCCGGGGAAGAGGCUCGCGAUCCUGCAUACAGUAUACCUCGAGCAACGUUAUUUUCAAUGACAAUCGUCACUGUUGGAUACGUGCUGGUCGGCGCCGCUUUAACCCUGGUCAUACCGUAUUGGAAAAUCAAUCCCACUGCAGCCCUUCCCGAGGCUUUCUCGUCGAUUGGAAUACCAUGGGCGAAAUACGUGAUAAGUAUUGGGGCAUUGUGCGGAAUGACGACAACUCUGUUCGGAUCUCUGUUCUCGUUGCCGCGAAUAAUGUACGCCAUGGCGAACGACGGUCUACUGUUCGGCUUUCUCGGCCAUAUUAACAAUCGUACCCAAGUACCCGUUCUCAAUUUGGCUAUCAGCGGUUUCCUCAGUGCCUUAAUCGCCCUGCUCUUCGACCUUCAACAUUUGGUCGAGUUUAUGUCUAUCGGCACGUUUCUGGCCUACACCAUCGUCUCAGCUAGCGUGAUCAUCCUCAGAUACCGCCCUGAAAAGGUUACACCCUCCCCGUCGAACGCGGGUACACCUAGCAGUUUGACAUCGCCACCUACAGAGGGCGCCGACUCUAACAGCGAUUGCAACAGCGUCACAUCUGCCGAAUCCGAGCUCUUAGACUUGAGCGAGGGAACUGGUAAACUUAAAUCGCGAUACAUCUGGCUGGCCAACUUUUUGGGCAGUUGUAAACCGGGAGAUGUGGUCACGGGUUCCGUGAUGAUAUACACGGCGGGUUGCAUCUCCUUGUGUUUUCUGUUCAUACUGAUAUCUCAAACUUACUUUACCCCCGCAUUGUGGGACUAUUUCGUUCUGGCAAACGUCAUCCUGUUAUUGAUCGGAAGCCUUUUCGUUAUCAUCGCCCACCAACAAUCUCCUCCCACCGGUAAAUUCCGGGUCCCGAUGGUCCCGGUGAUACCAGCCCUGAGCAUCUUAUUCAACAUAGGGUUGAUGUUCCAUUUGUCGCUUUUGACCUGGCUGCGAUUCCUCGUUUGGAUGGUCGUCGGGAUGUUGAUAUACUUUCUAUACGGGAUUCACUACAGCAAAGAGGCGGCAAGUCCAAACUCUUACUCGAUCCUGAUGGCGACCUCGGAGGCGGGCAGGGGCGCGAAAUGGGGCGCCACGUUACGGGUCAAUCAAAAGAGCGAUAAAGUUCCGAUAUUAAACGAGGAAGAUUUCGUACAUUAGAGAGAAUAGAGUUUCCGGUCAGGAAAAGUCGUGUAAAGAUGUAUGCCAAUCGACGCUGAAUGUAAGUAAAUUAUAUUACGUAGAGAUAGGAAGAAUUAUUAAAAAGAAAAAAAAAAAAAAAGAAAAACUUGACCAUUGUUCUCUGUAUACGUACACGCCGAUUUGAAACAGAAAUUUAAGUAUCGAGGGAUCUUUGUACAUACCGAUAGCUAUAACGUUAUGUAAAAAAAAAAAAAAAAAAAAAAAAAUGCCAAUUCCAUUUAUUGCAUCCCAUUUUAAGAAGCUUCUUUUGUCUCUCUAAAAAAAUUAAGCGAUUCAAUUGGAAGUGGAUCUCGGAGUAGGCAAGGCUACGUACUCCUGUUGACAAUUUAAUCGUAAUAAUGAUGAAUGAUUUUUCUGAACGAGUCGUUCUACUUUAUUUGUAUAUCAGUAAUAUCAGAAGUUUUUUUUAAAAAAACUUAGUUUCAAUCUUGUAUGUAUAUUAUUAUAUCGCGCACAAGUUUGAAGUGUAUACAGUCCUUUUAUAUUUUACAGGUGUACAUUUAACAUUCUGUCUUGAUACGAUGUAGGUACGCAAAAUUGAAUUGUAUGUAUGCCGAUUGUACAUUGAAAAUGAAUUUUAUUUCUGUAUUUGUACAAAAUGCAUAAGGAACUAAAUUUAAUUAAAAUAUAUAUAUAUAUAAAAUACAAUGAUUUAGUCGAUUAUAUAUAGGGAAGAAGGUAUCGUAUUUUCAGUAAUUUAAUUUCUGAAUAUCGUAUCUGGUCAGCCUGGAAAAAUUCAGAAUAUUUGUGAAUUUGAUAUUAGGAUCAAAAAUCAAAACGUAAAAAAAAAGGAGGGGAAAAAAAUAUAUAUAUAUAUACAUAUAUAUUUUUAAAGGCCAGAUUAAAAAAAAAAGACAGAGCAUUAAAAAAAAAAAAUGUUAAUGCUCUGGUGCAAGGAUCGAAACAUGGUGCCUUGGGAACGGAUAGACUAAUUAUAUACAGUAAGAUGUACGAAUCUAAAAGCAUGACAAUAGAUUCGCCUGUUAUAUGGCGAACGAUUAAAUUUAAGAUUAAUUAUACACGGAUUUGCUAAGCACGUGGAUUGCCUGAUGGCGAUAUAUCAUCGUUACGUAUAACUGGAAAUAACAUUUUUUUUUUAUUUGGUAAACCUCUUUCAAGAUUAGAACAAGUUUCACUUUGCAAUUUUAUUACUUAACCAAUUUCGUAAUCGUGGUAAUAUUCUGAUAAAAUCAGAAUAUUAUUCUUGAGAGAUUCCUCUAGGAUUGACCGUUCCUAAUACACCAAUUUAUUACACGAUCACUCUUACGUUGUAAAAAAAGAAAAUAUAUAAUAUAAAUUUGACGUAAAAGAAACAUCGAUUAAUAUAUCGCGUCGCAUCUAAAAGUUAUCGUUUUCCAUUUUUCGAUUUAAUUAAAUAACUAACUAUAGUAUGUUAUUUUGACAGUCCUCCGCUCAGCAGAUCCAGCAAGGAUCGACUACCGUUGCAGAUAAUAUAAUCAAUGUUAUAUAAGAAAGUAUAUUGGUAUAUCUUAAAGAUUACCACGUAUCGUCAAAGCGACGUAGAUGUUAUAUAGAUGAAGAAUAACGUAGAAAACACCAUAAUUACAUCUUACGUAAGAUUUAAGGUGAUACAUUUACGAGGAGAAUGUAUCGCUUCGGACGAGUCAUGCAAAUAGGUUAUAUUAUUCUUUUCAGGACUCAUCGGUGUAACACGAUCUGUGUAGAAAACAUUACGCGAUUUUUCAUCUCAAAUAUUUCUUCUUUGCUUAUCGCAAAUUUGUACAGAUUUUUUUCCAUAUAAAUAUAAAUUCCGUCUGGAGCGAUCCAUCUUUAAAAUAGAUAAUGUAUAAAAGAGAAAAUUCAAUUGAAACGUUACGCAGAUUAUUUUUCUCGAGAUGAAGUUCUUCAAUUAUUCCUUAUCGCACAAUUGCAAGUACAAUAGCAACAUAUGCGUAAUUAUUGAAUUGUAUAUACAACAGAUUAAUUACUGUGGUAGUCACGUGAAUACGUACAAAAUUACGACAGUCAUUAGGAAGGCAUUGUAAAAAAAAAAGAAAAAAGGCACUGUACGUGAUUAUCGUGUGCAUGUAAUCGUUUAUAAAGAUGGUACCAAAAAUUAUUGUUCUGUACUAUAUACAUAAAUACAUACUGUGUCUUCUAAUAUAAAAGAUAUUUGUCAUCGAAAAAUCAUUUGUUUUUUUUAAUGGCAAUUGAAUGUUCCACAAUUACAAUUGCAUUAUUAAACGUAUCCUUUUAAAAUACACACACGAAAUGUAUGUUUAUUCUUCGAGCGAUAUAAUCUUUGACAGUAGUGACUAGAAAUAUGCGAUUUUAAAAUAUCUCAAAUUUGACAUAUCGGUGUUUGAUCGAACUUCAAAGUAAGAGUCAUUAAUAACGUAACAUGACAAAGAUUUACGAGCAAAUAUUGAUCCAUAUAAAAGAGCAAGCCUUAUACUUGAAGAUUUUAGAACGAACUCCGAAGUCAAA